AUGAAGGAAAUAACUCAACAGCGAUUAAAUUUAGAUACCAAAUCUCAAGGUUUAAGAUUUAAAAUUGAAACACCAAAUUCACUUAAAAAAAAAUUAAAAUACAAUUUAACAAUAAAGAGUGCCAUUCAAAUUGUGUCUCAAGAUAAAACUUUUAAACAUGAAUCACCAGAUACAUUUCGUGUUAGGAAUCAACUAAAACACAAUAAACCAAAACCUACACGUAAAUUAAAGCAUUCUAAGUCAUUGCCUAGUGAAUCUAAAUUUGAAUCUAGACCUAAAGAGUUACCACGCUCAAGUUCCUUACCUAAUAAUACAUCUUUUCCGGAAGCUUACUAUCUAGAUGCAGUGUCCAAUGUUUCUUUCAGUUCUCUAAAUACAACACAGAAUAUAAUAUGCUCUUAUCCAUUUACCGAGGAGCCUGAAACAUACUCUGCGCAAGAAUUCAGACAAAAUAAUGAAUUAUAUGAUGAUAUUGAUACUGUGGAUUCAUGCUGUCCAUCAAAUUCCAAAGUUAAUAUUUCUUUAUAUGAAAAUACUUCUGAUACUUCAGACAUGCCAGUUUGUUGUCAUAAUUAUAGCUGGCAUUCAGACAACAGUUGGCUUUCAGACGAUAACUGGCUUUCAAGGUCAUUAUCCAAAGAACAAGCCUUGACUAACACAGAGCAUUCCUCUAAUAACUUUGAAAAAUCAUCUGCUUGCAAUUUCAA